GAAGGAAGAGGCGGAGUCAGUAGGUUGGGGUUGGUAACUGUGGCGAGUGGUAGCGGCAGUCCAACUGUCUGCGGAACAGUGGAGCAGCCUCCCCAUUGUGUUAGAGCGGAGCCUGAUUCACUGGCGCAGUUUACAAGCUGAGCGAAGGGUAUCGUUAGCUUUCGUCUGUAUUCUUCCACCCAAGGACUUGGAGGCGCGGCUGUUGUAAUAAGGCGGCGUGUUUCCUCUGGCCAUUUUACAGUUAUUGGCUCAUUUGCGUGUUUUCAGAGCCUGGGGUUUGCUCCCUCGGGAAGUGAAGCCAAUGCAGAAUGUAUGCCAGAGGUUCUUUAAGGUGACUUCACUGUUAACCCAGUCCCCCGGGCCAUCGCAUUGAGUUUGCCCCAUUUCCCCUUUCCCUGCUUCUGGGGUUUCAGUCCCAUCUUGGAAUACUGAAAAAAAUACUUCUGUAAGGAUAUAAGAAUACAAGUAACAAAAUGGACGGAUUGUCAAAAAGGAAUGAGAAGUUGGAAGUGCCAGAGGAGGAAGAAGUCGAUCCGAGAAUUCAGGGGGAACUCGAAAAGCUGAACCAAUCAACAGAGGCUAUUAAUCGUCAGGAAACUGAGCUAGAGGAGGCUCGUCAAAAGUUUCGGACUGUUUUGGUCGAAGCCACUAUUAAGCUUGAUGAAGUGGGAAAGAAGGUAGGAAAAGCAGUGGAUGAUUCUAAGCCUUACUGGGAGGCCCGACGAGUCACACGGCAGGCCCAGCUGGAGGCCCAGAAAGCUACCCAGGAUUUUCAAAGAGCCACCGAAGUGUUGCGUGCAGCCAAGGAGACGAUUGCUCUGGCUGAGCAGAGGCUGCUGGAAGAUGAAGAGCGGCAGUUUGAUUCUGCAUGGCAGGAGAUGCUUAAUCAUGCAACGCAGAGGGUUAUGGAAGCAGAACAGACCAAGACGAGGAGUGAGCUGUUACAUAAGGAAACAGCCCUGAGGUACAAUGCAGCAAUGAGCAGGAUGAAGCAACUGGAGAAGAAACUGAAGCGAGCCAUUAAUAAAUCCAAGCCUUAUUUCGAACUGAAAGCCAAGUACUAUCUGCAGAUGGAGCAACUGAAGCAGAAUGUGGAUGAACUGCAGACCAAGCUGUCGUUGGCCAAGGGAGAGUAUAAGGCAGCCCUGAAGAACCUGGAGAUGAUCUCCGAUGAGAUUCAUGAAAGGAGGCGCUCCAAUGUGAUUGGACCCAGAGGACGGGGGGUCGGUGCUGAGGGUAAUGGAAACUCUGUGGAAUUCAUAUCCAGCCUGAAGACUGACCCUGAAGAGUUAUUCAUGACAUUUGAGAUAGUUGAUGACGGCAAUUGCAGUGACCCUGUCUCUGAAGAUUCGGAGAGCCAGUCGGAGUCCAGUUUAAGCUCCUGCCCAACCAGCCCACUGGACCAGCCAAACCCAUUCCCCGCUGUGACUCGUUCCCCCAGCCUGGAACUGUUGAGUCCGGAGUCUGACUGUGCGACAGGUUCUCCCACUCUGGGGCCUCGUAGUGAAUGCAGUGGAGCUUCCUCCCCGGAGUGUGAAGCUGAAAGAGGGUGCAGGGCUGCUGUUGAAAAGGACAAACUGAUUAACCAACAAGCCAUUGAUGAGACUGCUCUGAAGAUUAGAGUAACGCAAAUUUCAGUCAAAUGCACAAGUCCAAAGGAGAAACAGAUUUCGGGAAUAGAAGUCUGCCAUUUGGCUGGCUCCCCGACUUGUUAACUAUGGUGUGAACCAGCAUCUUAAACAUGCCAGAAAAUACCUGCCACCAACUUACUCAUUCACAAUCCAGGCCUUUUAAUUGCCGUCUAACUACUUAUUGAAAGGUUUCUUCGAAAUGUGGUUGGUAUAUCUAAUUGAGAUGUAAAGGAGCCUUGGGGAAGUUUUUGGAUUGAAAAGUCUUGGACAUAGCAAUUUGAUUUUGGACAGGAGGCAAAGUAGCAGCAACUGCCUUGUGCUGGUGAAGUGGAUUUGAAGAUUGAUAUUUUUUUGCUGCAAUCGAUGACCUAUAUGUACAUGGCAGAGGAGGAACACUAAUUGAGAGGCUAUGCUUUGUUCCACUCGUACUGUGUGCAGUAUUUAUAUGUGCCACUUCGUUGUGUCUCUCUUCCCACGGAGACCUGCUGUGUUCUUGUGUUGACAAGUGUGCUACUGCAUUGAGGAUCUGCAGUGCAUCUUUACAGCAGAAUUAGUUUCACACUGCAAAAGCAGACCUGAAGCCACUGCUCCUAUUUCCUGUUGUUCAGAAAGACUUACAAUAAGAAAACAAACUACAAUGCUGAGGGUCCUUCACUUCCUGUGAAUGGUGUGUGUUUAACAGGAGUGGAGCAACAUGUUUACUAUCUGAAAAGGUAGAUCUGGCAUUGUUAAACGUCUUUCCUGUUCCAUCAUAUCCUUGUAAUCACGUGGAAGAAAACAAAAGAUUUCUGGAGAAAGCUGGCCAUUGAUAUUUGGCUUAGAAAUUGUAGCAUUUUCACUGACAAGUUAAAGUUCUUUGUUGGCCAUAAAUUUGCAUAAAACCAAGUACACUACAGGUUUUGCUGCUGAGAAACAUCUGCCUGUGCAAUUGACAGAAAAAUAUCAGACCGGAUGAGUGCACUGGGAAUCCAGAUCGUAAAACAUAGCUCCUGGGCUUUAGUUCAGGGGAGAAGAGAGAUCUGGUUUGCCGAAGGGAUUUUAUUUUUGCCUUGUAAGUAAAGUAACCAAUGAGAAAGCUUGCAUGCCUUAUAUUUAUGUUCAAAACAUAACAUACACACACAAUAGAUUGAUAAUCAUUAAGUACUAUUUUGAGCAUUAGUUUUUUUGUACAAUUCAGUAUUGUAAAAUUGUGUAUAGUUCCACAUUUUUAAUAUGGGUUUUGUCAUUAAAUAUGCCUCAUCAUUCUAAAUACAUGUAUAGUCAUUACUGUGUUUGUGUUAAUCCAUCUUAUAUAGUAACAGUGACACUGAGUGGCUAUGACAUUUUAACCUAAAGGUAACUUCAACUUGAUUGCAUUCUAAAUCAACAAGUCUGUACAGCUGAAUGAACUAUUUGCUUCAUGCCAAUUUGGCAAGAAUAAAAACAAUGGAUAUGGAAUAAGGACAAAAAAAAUCUCGGAUCUCCUAAUGGACUAUCAUACUGGUUUUGGAAGCUUUUGAGUUGUCUAUCAUUUUGGUUUAACACAAUAUUUUGCAUGUUAGGUUUAAAAAAAAAUCUUUCCAUUAGGAACAUGAACACCAACGAUAACUGUUCCAUAUUCAGCACAACACAGAGGUUUCAGUUUAAAAAAAUGUUUAAAAAAUUGAGUUUUAAAAUAGCUGACUUUUGUUCUAAAUUGCAAAAUCUCAUUCUUAAUAAAUGAAGCAUUAUAUAUUUAAUAAGUGCCCCACUGUAUUACCAGAAGACAUGGGAGCAGAAUUAAUCAAUUUGACCCGUUGAGUCUGGCCACCGUGGCAGAUUUAUUAUCCCUAGCAACUCUAUUUUCUUACUUCCUUUUCCUCUUAACGUUUGAUGCCCUUACUAAUCAAGAACCUGUCGACCUCCGCUUUAAAUAUAUUCAAUUACUUGGUCUCUACAGCCAUCGGUGGCAAUGAAUUCCAUAGAUUCACCAGCCUCUGGCUAAAGAAAUUCUUCCUCAUCUGUUCUAAAGGGAUGUCCUUCUAUUCUGAGGCUGUGCCCUCUGUUCCUCAACUCACCCCCUAUAAGAAACAUCCUCUCCACAUCAACUCCACCUAGGCCUUUCAAUAAUUCAUAAGUUUCAAUGAGAUCACGCCCUCAUUCUUCUAAACUCCAGCAAGUACUAGAGCCUUCAAAGGUUCCUCAUAUGUUAACCCUUUCAUUCCCAGAAUCGUUCAAGUGAGCCUCCUCUGGACACUCUGCAAUCUUAUGGUGAGAAAUUAGCUGUUACAUUUCUUCCAGUGCAAAUGCAACAAAUUUUAAGAUGAUUGUAAAUUGUCACCAACCUCUCAAAGCAUUGAAAGGCGCUAUACACUCUAAGUGGCCUUUGUUCCCAUCAUGCUCCCUUUAAUGGAGUCAGGAGCCUGGAUGACAGAGAUUGUAACUGAACAUUACCAACCCUUUGGAGUAGGCAUGAACAACUUCACACAAUUGAACAGUCAUGACAAAAUAUUGAUUUUUAUUCUACAUAAUCCAAGAUGUGCAGACACUUCAGAGGAACCUGUAAAGUUUUUGUCUUCAAAGUAAACUUAUCAUAAAGAAAAGUUCUGCUUUCUCACAAAUCAUUG